AUGACGUGUGGAUUACGGAGCGUCGCCGUGACGUUCGGACGACGGGCCGAGUGGCCGGGCUACCAACGCCACCUGUGCGGUCGCAGUGCUAUCAUGGACCUGGGACCGAUGCGCAAGAACUACCGCGGGGACCUAGAGGCAUUUGAGGAGGCUCACCUGACCUCCCUGGACCCCAUAAAGCAGUUUGCUGCCUGGUUCGAGGAGGCCGUUCAGUGCCCUGACAUAGGAGAAGCCAAUGCCAUGUGUCUGGCCACCUGUACCAGGGACGGAAAGCCCUCUGCCCGCAUGUUGCUGCUGAAGGGCUUUGGCAAGGAUGGCUUCCGUUUCUUCACUAACGUUGAGAGUCGAAAAGGAAAAGAGCUGGACUCUAAUCCCUUUGCUUCCCUUGUCUUCUACUGGGAGCCUCUUAACCGUCAGGUGCGAGUGGAGGGACCUGUGAAAAAGCUGCCUGAGGAGGAAGCCGAGUGCUACUUCCACUCCCGCCCCAAAAGCAGCCAGAUUGGAGCUUUGGUCAGCCACCAGAGUUCUGUGAUCCCCGAUCGGGAGUAUCUGAGAAAGAAGAAUGAGGAACUGGAGCGGCUCUACCAGGAACGAGAGGUGCCUAAGCCAGAAUACUGGGGUGGCUAUGUCCUGUACCCGCGGGUGAUGGAGUUCUGGCAAGGCCAAACCAACCGCCUGCAUGACCGGAUUGUCUUCCGGCGACUACCAGCAGGAGAUUCUCCUUUGGGAACCAUGACCCACCGUGGGGAGGAGGACUGGUUCUAUGAGAGACUUGCACCUUGACUCCGGAAUCUGCCUGCACGGCUGGAACUGGGGCUAGGUGCUACAAGAGGGUGUGCGAUUGGGAGCCAGGCCCCUCAAAAGUCAACCCAUUUCCCUCCCCACACUUGUAUUAGGGCUCUUCAGAGUUUGUCCUCCCAGUUCUGUCAGUUAGCUGGCCUAGUGGUGUGUGACAGUGGCAUAGAGAAUCACAAAUGUGAAGUAAUCCCGUAGUUGUUUUUCUUCCCCUUGACGAGGAUUUAUUGUAAUAGCUCCCCCUGCGGGUAGCAGCUGUUGUGAUUCGCUUCUCUGCUGACACCUGGUGGGCCCCCAGCAGCCCUGUCUCUUACUGUGUGACGGGUCAUACUAGCCAAAGCUGAUUGGUCCCAGUGUAGGCACCUGAGCCAACCUAGCCAAUCAGAUUUUCUUGUCAACAAUUUGAAAUUUGGAAUGGAGAGACCCAGAGCAUAGGAGUCUUUGUAGUCAAUCCAUUGUUGGCGGCCAAGAAGCAACAGGCCCGUGGUUGUGGCUGUUGGGAUUCCCCCGAGCUGCCCUAGCCCCCUCCUUCCCAGGUCUGGGCUGUGCAGUUCCUCCUUCUGCCUCAGAAUGCCCCACUAUCCUCCCUCAAAUUCGCUUUUUGGCUUAAGCUGGCUAGAAUUGAUUUCUGUUGCUUGCAACUAAAAGCCUUAAGUAAUACAUUGACUGAUAGGAUAUUUUAAUGGCAUGUGCCCUACUAGACAACCGCCUUCCAUUAUUUGAAGCACAGAUUAAUUUUAAUCCAGAGGCUCCAUAGAUGGGAAUUGCAGGGAAGUUGGUUUCAUCUCAAUAUGGGGAGAAAUUUUAAACAAUCAGAACUGCCCAAGGGGGAGUGCCUGUUAGGUGAUGAGUUUUCUGUCACUAGGAGUAUUCAGUCCCAGUUAGGAAUUUGGUAGAAGGGAUUCAUGUGCUGGGUGGUCUACAGGCCAGGAAGAUUUUAAUCAAGCUUUACUUUCCGUUUGUUUAUAAAAACUGUAUAUGUAUGUAUAUACAUACAUACAUCAUUUUCCUGUUGUUAGGUGCUGUCAAUUCUGACUCAUAGUGACCCCAGGUGAUAGAGAACUGCCUCAUAGGGUCUUCUAGGCUGUAAUCUUUAU